AUGACUACAACGGAUACCUGGAAAGUUGAGUGGGACAAUGAACUUCGCCAGCUCCCAAACGUCGAGUCCGUAACAUGUUUUGAUUUACAACUAACGGAAAAUGUAUUUCUGAUAUGGCAGUUUUUAAAACUUUAUCUAUCUACGAGCCCCCAAGUUAGAAGUAUCAUAGACUUCAUUGCAAUUAAAAAAGCUCAGAGCUUACAAUGGGGUGAUCAUAUUGAUAGUGUAAUGUCAAGUGGGCUAAGGAAAGGACAAGAAUUAUUUCAUGUAUUUUUGUCGAAUGGAAAAAAAAUUCAAACAACUUAUUCAAAAAAAAAAUUAUGUGAUAGAUUAGAAUAUUAUCACAUUAAGAAUUAUAUCAUUUUAGAAAAAAUAAAUACAGGUUCUGUGGGUCAAGUUCAUGUAGCCUUAGACAAAUCAACUGAUACAUUCGUUGCUGCGAAGGCCAUAGAUAAAUCCACAGUACAAGGUGAUAUUGGUUUAUUUGAAAAAUUAAAAGAUGAAAUAAAAAUAUCAUGCAUGAUGAAUCACCCGAAUGUUGUUAAAACAUUGAACAUUUUAGAGACUAAAGAUAAAAUUAUUCAGAUUAUGGAAUAUUGCGAUGCCGGGGAUUUAAUAUCAUACGUUAGAAAUAAACUCUAUUUGGACGAAGUAAGUGCUCAAUAUUUUUUUCGUAAAAUCGUGGUAGGGUUGAAAUAUAUGCACAAAAAUAAUAUUGCACAUAGAGAUUUAAAGCCUGAAAAUAUAUUUUUAUGUAAAAUACAAAUAUCACAAAAAGAGAAGACAUUGAUUAGGGUUGGUAAAUUACCUUCAUGUAUAGAGUAUGAUUUAAAGAUUGGUGAUUUUGGUGCAUGCUGUAUAAAUGAGAAAAAUAAACUACAUCAUGAUAUUGUAGGGACGUUAAGUUAUGCAGCACCUGAAGUAUUAAAUUGUAAUAAUAACAAUGGAUAUAAUAGUGAAAAAGCUGAUAUAUGGAGCUUAGGUAUAAUAUUAUAUGCUAUGUUAUUUGGUUUACUUCCAUAUGAUAGUGAAGAUAAAGAUGUAAAAGAAGCAUAUAAUGAAAUUAUAAAAAAGAAAAUCGUAUUUCCUAAAAACCGUGUUAAUAAAUUUUCUACAAGUGUACGAAGUUUAUUAUUAGCUAUGUUAAAUAUUAAUCCCCAAAAUAGGUUAUCGCUUGAUGAAGUUAUGAAACAUGAGUGGCUAGCUGGAACAGCUAAAAAUAGAUUAGAGAUGUCUAACAUAAAUAAAAAAAUAAAUUUUCCCAUAUCCUCAACGGUUGGAUAUCCAAUAUAUUCAAAUAAGAAUAUUAUGGAUUAUAAUAUUUAUAAAAGGUUGGCAUUAAUAAAAAAUGAUCAUAAUAGUAGUACUAACUCUUUAUAUAGUAAUUGUAACAGCACAACUAUUUCGAAUAGUAACACUACUAAUAUGAAUAAUAAUGUGAAUAAUAAUGUGAAUAAUAAUGUGAAUAGUAAUGUGAAUAGUAAUGUGAAUAGUUAUAUGAAUAAUAAUGUGAAUAAUAAUGUGAAUAAUAUUAUGCAUAGUAAUAUAAUAAAUAAUAUGUAUAAUAAUAUGAGUAAUAAUAUAAGUUCUAUUUUAAAAGUGAAUAAUUUAAGAGACAAAAAUAAUAUAGCGGAAAAUACCUAUAAAUUGGAUAACAUUACUAACAGUUUAUAUGGUGUCCAUAAUAAUAAUGUUAAUAGUAAUAAUUUGAAGGAAGUAUUAUAUAAUCAUAUGAAAUAUUACCUUAAGGGUGAUAACAAAUAUAAUAAUACUCUAGGUGAACAUAAAAAUGAUUACAAUUUGGAAACAUUAUUAAAGAAAAAAGAAGAUCAAGUUGUGGGAGAUCUCAAUGUGAUAAAUAAAAAGGUAGGACAUUAUUUAAGUAGCAAAAAUACAAAGGAGAUCAAUAUAAAUAAUAAGAUAGCCAAUUUGGUUGUAGGGAAUAAAAACAGUAAUAAUAAUAUUAUUGCAAAAAAAAAUAUAAUGAUUAAUAAUAAUAAUAAUAAUAAUAAUGAUAAUGAUAAUAAUAUAUCAUCAGAUAAUAUUCCAAAUAAAAUGGGCAAGGGAGAUAAUAAUAUAGUAUCCUAUAAUAAAUUUAAUGUAGAGCAUUAUGAAUAUAAUAAUAAAGGUUGUAUGCAAAGUAAAUAUAAUCAAAAUAAAAAGGAUGAAGUAUUAGUACAUAUGAAUAAACUACAUUCUAUAUGUUCUAGUAAUGAUCAUAAAUUAUAUGAAAUGUACAUGUAUCAAAAAAAUGAUAAUAAUAUGAAUGAACAUGUGAAUUUUAUUAAUAAGAGUUCAAAUAAAGAAAUAUCCCGAUUAGAAAACAAGUAUGUAGAAAAACCAUAUUAUUUAAAAAAUAAUGAUAUGCAUAUAAAUGAUGAUUAUAUAAAAGAUAAAGCAAUAAAGAAUGUAAAGAAAUAUAACUUUAUUAAUAAGGAUAAAAAUAGUAGUACAUAUAAAAUUAAGGAUUAUAUAAAUAACAACACAUUGAAUAAAACUAAAUACAAUAUUAGAGCAGAUAAAUUUAAUAAUAUUAUUGCAUUAAAUAAUCAUAUUAUUUCAAAUGAUACAAAUAGACAUUUAUAUAUAAAUAAUAAAUUAUCUAUUAAUAAACACAAAUAUAAAAAUACACCAUAUUAUAAUUACUAUUAUUAUUAUUAUUAUGAUGAUGACGAUCAAAAAAAGGAAUAUAAUAAAUAUGUAUAUAAAAAAAAAAAAAAAUGUGGGACUAAUAAUAGUGAUCUUAUUUCAUAUAAUUCAAGUGUGUAUGAAACAGGAACUACCCCUUCUUCUUAUAAUAUAAAUAAUGCACGCAUAAGUUAUAUAAAACAUGAUAGUAUAUAUAAUGGAGGCCUUUCUCAAUAUGUAAAUAACUCCUCAUAUGAUAACAAAAUAUUAUCAUUAUCCUAUAUAAAGGAUAAUGAAAGCCAUGUUAACAAAAUGAAUAUUGGAAAAUCUACCAUAUGGUAUUGUUCAACUAAUGAAUUACCUAAUGAUACUAUCAAAAAAGAUAGUGUACAUAAAAAAGAGUCUCUAUCACAAGAAUUUUCUGUAAAUAAUAAUGAUGACGUUUUAGAUAUAAAUGAUGAACAAAGUAAAUGUACAUAUAAUAAUUCUGUGGUGGAUGAACAGGAGAAUAAUAAUAUAAAUGUUGGUGAGUUAAAAUUUAUUUCUCCUAAUAAUUUAGAUAGCAAUAAUAUAUCAAGCACUAAACAUAUAACUGUAAGAGAUACAUAUAAUGAUAAUAUAAAUAAAACAAAGGAAGCCUAUAUUCUUAUCAAGAAAGAUGUAAAUAAUGCAAAAUGUGAUCAUAUUUAUGAGCUAAGUAAAAUGAAUGAACAUAGUGAAAACUGUAAUAAUAGCAAACAUACAAAUAGUGAUAUUGAAAUAAACGAUAGAGAAAAAAAUCUUAAUGAUUUUGUUAGUAUGCAUGAAAUGAAUAAUUUUAAUAAGGUUGAUCAUACUCAAUUAUAUAAAAAAAAAAUUUCACAAUUGUCAAAUAAUAAUGAAAAGUGUUGUAACAUUAAUGAGGAUAAAAAUAAAGAGAAUAAGAAUAUACAUAUGCAUGUUAUAAAAGAAUAUCCAAAUAAUAAUAAUAAUAAUAAUAAUGAUAAUAAUAAUACAAAUAUAAGUACGGAUAAUAAUUAUUCAUACAAAUACGUUGAUGGUGAUAUUAAGAGGGAAUGUGUUUAUUGGACAGAUGAUAUAAAUUAUGUGUAUGUAAAACCUUCAGUAUGUUCAUUAAAUGUAGACAAAAAUGAAAAUACGGAGAAAAUUAUUAAAAAUAUGAAUUUUUAUGGAAUGGAUAAAAUAUAUAGUACUGUUGUUCAAGAGAAAAAUGAAGAGACCAAGGAAGAUAUAAAUAUGGAUCACAUAAAAUAUAACAUAAAUGGUAAUAUAAAAGAAGAUAUUAUAAAUUCAAAUUAUGUUUUCAAUACACUUAAUGAACAACCUUUUAUUGAUAACAAAAUAAUGAUGUCAAAUAUUAAUAGUAAGGACAAUACAAAAAUGUAUGGUAAUAUUUUUCAAAAUAGAAAUAGUAAUAGUAUAUAUGAAAUAAAAAGAAAAGAAAAAAUAUGUAUUAUAAAUUUAGAUACACCAGAUGAAUGUAAUGAUGUAAAAUCUGAUUUUUCAUAUAACGAUCAUAAAAUUGAAGCAAAUAAAGAUGGGCAUAAUAAAGAACAAAAUAAUAAAGAUAAAGAUGGGAAUAAUAAAGAACAUAAUGAAAAAGAUAAAGAUGGAGAUAAUAAUGAACAUAAUAAAAAAGAUAAAGAUGGAGAUAAUAAUGAACAUAAUAAAAAAGAUAAAGAUGGAGAUAAUGAUGAACAUAAUAAAAAAGAUAAAGAUGGAGAUAAUGAUGAACAUAAUAAAAAAGAUAAAGAUGGAGAUAAUGAUGAACAUAAUUAUAUAGAUAACAAUGAAGACAAUUAUAUAGAUGAUUAUAUAGAUAAUGAUGAAGAUGUUAAUUAUUAUCAUGAUUACAAUACUUCUGAAAAUAUUGAUCAUAACAAAUAUGAACAAAUAUCAGGAUUAAAUAUUAAAAAGUAUGAUAUAAAUGAAAAAGGUAACUAUAAGAAUAAAAAAAAAAAAGAACAAAAAAAUGAACAUAAGAAAGAAGCCAAUUUUACAAAACAUAAAAUGUUUAUAUUAGAAGAUCAAAAAAUGUUGAAUACAAGACAAGUGAAUAAUUAUAUGAAGCUAAUGGAUAAGGAUUAUAUAAAUGAAUAUAUAAAAAUAGAAACGUCUAAUUAUUUUAAUAAAGAUCAUAUUAAAAAAUAUAGUUCUUUGUAUGGAAAAAAUGAAAAAAAAAAUGAUAUAAUUAAUGUUAGGAAUUUUAAUGAUUGUAUUUCCGAUUAUAAAAAUAGUAUAUGUGAUACAUUCCAAGAUAUAAAAAAUAAUUCAGUCACAAAUAUUUUUAAUCAGGAUAAAAAAAUAUACCACGAUUUAUCUAAUAAUUGUGUAUUAUAUAAUAAUUUGUUUACUCAAACUAAUCUUGAACAUUUUUCUUCAAAUAAACUUGAAUAUAACAAAAAUUGCAAAUACCCCUAUAAUCAUUUAAUGAGAAAUUAUUCCUAUAGUGAAUAUUCGUUCGAUAUACAAAACAAAACGUCUACAUAUACUAAUAAGGUUGACAUUAAUAAAGCUGAUUUGAAAGAACCAUACUCAGACAAAAGGAUAAAAUAUAAAAUUAGCAAUAUAACGAGAAAUGAACACAUCAAUAUAUAUGAUGAUAUAAAAAAAUGUAGUUCUAAUAAUAAUACUUUUUAUAUUGAUGAAGAAGCCUCUUGCUUAGACAUUACAAAUUUGAGUGAUAAAGAAAUAAAGAACAAAAAAGAAAGAGAGAGAAAAAAAAUAUUAAAUAAUAAAAAAUGUAUAUUGUCAAAUGGAAGUAAUAUAUUUAUUGGUAAGGAAUAUAAAAAGAAUCAACACAUGGAUUAUAUUAACAAAAUUAAAAAGAACGAAAAUGAUGUGUUGUAUCUAAAUAAUUCCGUUUCUCUUAAAAGAUCAUUUAGUAUGUUACAUUUUAAAAGAAAUAUAAAAAAUCAUGUUAAUUAUUAUUAUGAUGAUCAUAAUAAAGAUAGGAGAGAGAAGGAUAUAUUAUUAGUAGAUCAUAUGAACAAUUAUGUGAUAGAACAUAAAAAUAAAAUAAACAUAUAUAAUAUAAACCUAAAUAAUUCUGAUUUAAAUAAUAUAAAUAAAAAUGGAAACAACAAAAUAGAUAGUAUACCUAGUAUAGCUAAAAAAUGUCAUAGUAGUGAUAUAUUUUUAAUAAGAGAUAAUAUAUUAAAUAAUUUAUCAAAUAAAGAAUUCAAAAAUAUUAUAGCAAGAAAUGUAUCUUUAUGUCAUGAAUUCCCUCUUAUACAUACAAAUGAAGAAUUGAAUAAAAAAACAAAGAAACAAAUUAUUAAUAAUAAUAUAAUAUAUGAUAAAAUUGGUAUUUCAAAUAAUAAAAAGUGUAAAAUACCAACCAAAAAAUAUGUUAAUAAUAUGUAUAAUCUAAAACAUAAGAAAUGUGAACCAAACCAACAAUUUAGUGAUAAAGUCAAAAAUAAUAAAGUCCAUAAUGUUGUAUCCGAUUUCAUAUUAAGAAAUGAAGAAAGCCUAAUCACCAAGAAAAACAACAAAAGUUAUAAAAAUGAUAAAAAUGGUAAAAAUGGUAAAAAUGGUAAAAAUGAUAAAAAUGGUAAAAAUGGUAAAAAUGAUAAAAAUGGUAAAAAUGAUAAAAAUGGUAAAAAUGAUAAAAAUGAGUUUGAUAACUCAAAUAUAAUAUCAUAUAAUGAAAUGAAAAAAAAAGUAACUAUGGAAGACAUAAAUAUGGAUUGUGUAGUAAAGAAUAAAACAUACGAUAAUAUGAAUAAAAGCAAUAUGAAAAAAAUUAACUUCAAUAAAUUAAAUAUAUCGCAUAAUACACAAAAUAAUAAUAAUCAUAUAUAUAAUAAUAUAAAUACAUAUGAUAAUAAUUUAAUUAAUAUAAAGGAUACAUUAGAUACAUAUUCAGUUACCGAAAAACAUUAUUGUCCACAAAAAAAUAUUAUGAAUGAAAAGGAGAUAUUUCAUUAUGAUCUUAUAUCAUCAAAUAAUUGGGAUAAUCAUCUACGUGAUUAUAUGUUAUAUUCUUUAUCAAAAAGUCAUUAUACAUUUUUAAGAAAAAACACUUUAUCAAAAGACAUACCUAUCCAUAGUGAUAUCAAUUUAUUUAAUAAUAAAAAGGAAGAUACAACAAGUAAAAAUAAAAAUGAAAAAAAUUUUAAAAUAAAUCAUAAUGAAAAAAAUAUUUCUGAAUAUCCAAAUUUAAGUAAUAAUUCGAUUUCACAUAUUUCACACACAAAUAUUAAAUCAACAAAUGUUAAACAAAAUAACGAUCAGGAUAAUCAUUUCCAUAAAAAAAUAAUAAAUGAACAAUCAAAUGUAUUUCAACCCAAAUUAAAGUGGUUAAAUAUUUUCACUCGUAAUUUUAAUAAGGACCAAUUAGGUACUAAAUAUAAAUGA